GUCACAAAGAGGACCAACAAUGAAAUUAAAUCCUCAGCUGGCCUUUAACAUUUUGGCUCCCACCAUCUCCUUCCACACAUAUGCACAUGUCUUCAUGUCUCUCUCUCUCUAUACGUUACCUACACAAAUAUGUACAGACAAAUAGCCCAUUACAAAAUCUUUAUUUAUAAAUAUAUACUCCUCAACUCCCUCAAUAUCCACCCAUCUCCUUCUCCAUAACUCUCUCUCUCUCUCCCUAAACACAACCAAAGACUUUUAUCUCUCAGGAACCCCAAAAACAAAUGGCUAUAAUGAAGAAAACUUCAAAACUCACUCAAACAGCAAUGCUGAAGCAGAUUCUGAAGAGAUGCUCGAGCUUAGGGAAGAAGAAUGGAGGAGGGUACGAUGAAGAUUGCCUUCCGCUUGACGUACCAAAGGGACACUUCCCUGUCUAUGUCGGAGAGAACAGAAGCAGAUACAUUGUCCCAAUCUCCUUCUUGACACAUCCUGAGUUCCAAUCUCUCUUACAACGAGCCGAGGAAGAAUUUGGAUUCGAUCACGACAUGGGUCUCACCAUUCCUUGUGAUGAACUCGUUUUUCAAACCCUAACAUCCAUGAUCCGAUGAUAUUUUAUCAUUUGAAGAAGAAGCAGAAGGAGAUGGUUAAAGAAGAAGCGGAAAAGCUUCUCAUACAAAAAAAGCAUCUCUUCUCUUUUUUUAAGAUUUUUUUUCCUUUAUUUUUAAGCCCAUCUAGGGUUUUUUUUACGAGUUAAUUGACUCGUCUAACUAGAAAUAAAUCCGUAUGAGAUAGAGAUUCUAUGGGUUUAGAUCUGUAAAUAAAGUUUGUAAUGUUUUCCUCACAGAUCUUCGUUCUGUGAGAGAAGUUAUUUAAUGCAAGAGAAAGUAUUCCUCCGA